UAUUGAUUAUUUAGGUCAUUCAGGUAUACGUUGGCGAGAUAUCAACAUUUAUUGACAUGCUGGCUUAAACCAUGUGGUGGGAUAAUAUCGAUUAAUCCCAACAUUUACAUAGCCAGCCAAGUGGCGGUGUUGGUGAUUGCCCGGUGGUCAAACUAGUUUGGCCAUUCCAGGGUAUUGCCCAGCCGUCACUGUCAUGGUUGAUAAAGCUUGGCCGACGCAAUUCAUCCGUGAUAUGGUUGUCAUGCAGACACGACCAAUUCGGCCAUGGUCAAGACAACGACUAAAGAAACUUCUGUGAUUGUCCUUUUUACGGAAUGGAAUAAUUUGUGGACUGGACAAAACGUGAACCUGUUUACGUUAAUCCCAGUUACCAUGGUGACAAAAUUAUUUAUGAUUAUCUAGAAUUCUAUGCAGUCAAAAGUCAUAAUAAUUUUCGAAAUGGUGCUUUAACUUAAAAUCAAUUCUAAUGUCAACUUUUAUGUUGUGAAUCGUAUAUUACCCUGAAGUGCUGCUGAAAGUGUAAAUUAUAUUUUUUAACUGUUUAAAAUUUAAUGAAAUUUCAUUCAUUAUUUCAUGUAUACAUAUAUAAAUUUAAGUGUGAAGAUGCAUAUUUUUCCUGCUUAUCAACGGCUGUUUUGAAAAGAUUUGUUAAGAAAAUGAUUUAGGCCAUUAAAUUGGAGGAAUGAUUUUAUCGACAGUGAAACAUGUCUUCUAAAAAUUUCCAUCGUCAUUUGACAAAACUUUUGUACAGUCUCGUGAUUUUGAACAUUUUUUGUCUGGAAAAUGUUCUCUGUGCGGUUUGCAAUGUCUCAAGAACUGUAAAUGAGUGCAUUCCGAAAACAUUUACACAAUGUCUGGGGGCAAAUAUUCCAUUCAACUACACAACACUGGAAUUUGUCAGUGAUUCUUCGAACCUUGCGGAAGUUGAACAGAAGUUGAAGCUAUGGAAGGGUCUACAAGGUGCUCCAGAGUGUUGGCUGGUUGUCCAGCCCUUCUUGUGUUCUGUGUAUGUACCGAAGUGUGACAAUGCUAAAACACAGGUGGAGUUGCCGAGCAAGGAUGCAUGUCAGAGAGCGCACGAAGCCUGCAGACUUGUCGAAGAUUACCAGGGGUGGCCAGAUUUUCUGGGCUGCUCCCAGAGUUACUUCACAGAGUGUUCGACUUCUCACACCUACGAGACCUUGACCUUCAACACCACAGGGGUGUGUAACCCGCCCCUGGUGCGGACGACCAAUGAGGACAGUUGGUACGAGACAGUGCCAGGCUGUGGUAUCCAGUGUCAGGAUCCGUUUUACACGGACAAAGAACAUCGCGAAGCCCACAUCUUCAUCGGAGUGUUUGGGUCCCUCUGUCUCGUCUGCACUCUAUUUACAGUGCUGACGUUUCUGAUAGACUGGAAGACUUCCAGCCGAUACCCAGCUCUCAUCCUGUUCUUCAUCAAUGGCUGCUUCUUCUUCUGCACGAUCGGCUGGAUGGCUCAGUUUUCUGGGGAUGCAAGGACGGACAUCGUGUGUAAGGCUGACGGAACCACACGCCACGGGGAGCCCAAGCUGGGGUCUGGAGAGACAGCCUCCUGUACAUUUGUGUUCAUCCUGGUCUACUACUUCAUGAUGGCGGCCUCUGUCUGGUUUGUCAUGCUGGCCUACGCGUGGCAUCUCACCUUUAAGGCCCUGGGAACACCUCGCGACGACCUCACUAGUAAGACGGCCUACUUCCACAUCGCCAGCUGGUGUGUUCCUCUGGUAUUAACCAUCAUAUGUCUGGCUGUAUCUGAGAUUGACGGUGAUUCUGUGACUGGGAUAUGUUUUGUGGGGUACCGAGAGUACGCCUACAGGCUCGGUUUUGUGGUUAUACCACUUGUGGUCUGUCUUUGCGCCGGAUUGGUGAACCUCCUACGGGGACUUCGCACACUUGUCAAGCUAAGGAAGGACACGCCAGACUUUAUCAGUGACAGGGCCACGUCAAAGAUAAGGGAGACAAUCAUCAGACUCGGUACAUUUACUUUCUUGGCUUUUGCGUUUGUGUUGAUCUCAUUCUCUAUACACAUCUACUCCUUUGCCAGUGAACAGGAAUGGGAGGACAGCUUUAAGGACUAUUACUUCUGCCUUGCCAACGCGACCGUGACUAAAACGGUGGACAGCUCCUACUCGCGUACCUGUACCAUGGCAGCCAGGCCAAGUAUCGUGGCUGUCGAGUUCCACGUCCUGGCAUUCUUUGGCGCAGGAAUUGCGAUGAGUAGUUGGUCAUGGACGAAAGCUUCCCUACUAUCCUGGGAACGUUUUUUACGGAAAGUUUUCAAAAAGCCUUCAAACAAGCCGGUGAAGAUGAAGAAACACAAGAUGAUUGCGAAAGCCUUUGAACGCCGAAAGGACAUGAAUAAUGGACGCAUGUCAAUCAGCUUCGGUAGCACACAUGAUGACCCUUUAGGAAUGAAGUUUGAUUUGAACAGUGUUAGUUCUCACGAGAUGUCAUCAAACUUUGCUAAUGCAAUGCCCAAACUUGUGCGUAGACGCGGAGGGAUGAUAAUACCCACCGCUGGCACACUUCGACGUUACUCUGACUCAGAUAUUGGGUCCAUGGCAUCAAAGAUGGCAUCUCGUCGUCAGUCUCUAGACUCACAGCUCAGCGAAGCUCAGGGUCAGUUCCACCAGAGUGAUCAAAGUGAAGAUAUGAAAGGAGGGAAGAAAAAACGAAGGAAGAAGAGGAGGAAGAAGAACAAAAAGAGGAAUAGGAUUCAGCCUGUUCUUGGUCCAAUAUCAACCAAGCACACUGGGACAUUUAGUCACCGUCGUGGAAAGAAAGGUCGUCGAAACAGUGAUUCAUCAGCCAUAAGCAAGGCCUCGGCUCACGGAAUUGAUUUUGCUUUGGAACGAAAUAGCAUGGAAGCAGUAUCAUUGAAUUCAUAUUCACAUAAUAACAGCCUGGAGGCAGUGACGUUACCCGCCCCACCGAAAACUCUGUCAACAAACUAUGCCAUAUUCACUGCUAGUACUUAUAUGAAUGAAGUCAAUCAAGAGGAGAACGGUAAAAGGAAUGGUAGACAGAACGGUAACACGGGAUCGCAACGAAGUAGGGCAAGGGAGGUAACUUUAGAGAUGGCAGAAGCUCACAUAUAUCAACAGCAACAGGCCAAUGGAGGAUUGGGAAAUUCAAAUCGUGCAGGUCGUCAAGACAGCUUCUCUGGAUCAAGACAAAACGUGAGAUCCAAUCAAGGCAGACAAGGGUCUGCGGGGAAAACAGUCAGUCGUAUCGAGCCAGGACUUCGACAGCCCAAUGGAUCAGCUUCAAGUCGUUCUAGCAGGGGAAGAGUUAGUUCCGGAAGGUCCGAUAGAUCUGGUCUCAGUUCGGCUCGAUCAGAUCUUUCAGGUCCAAGGUCAGAACGAUCUGGUCUUGGAUCAGCUAGGUCAGAUCGGUCUGGUCUUGGAUCGGCUAGGUCAGAUCGGUCAGGUGUCGGGUCAGCUAGAUCUGGCCUAAGUUCAGCAAGAUCAGACCGCUCCGGUCUUAUGGGGCCAGCAAUGAGACUGACUAAUGGUUCCGCCUCUAGUAGAUCUGGCCAAUCAAGGCAGAGUUCUGCAAGGUCAAAUAGGUCACAAAAUAGUCAGAUCCCUGUGUCUGCACCAACAUUACCAGGCAUAGCUGUAGUCGAAGUGGAGGACGAGGAUCUUGUGUCGGUGACUUCAUUAGACUGAUGUCAGCAUAAACAAUUACUUCUAUCCAUUGUUUGAAGACUAAUGUCACCCUAAAUAAUCUUGUGUACCCAGUGGUUAAUACAAUUAUGUCUCAUAGAUAACAAAACUGAAAAGACUAUAAUUUUACCUGUUCAUGAAAUGUAAUUUUGCUUAACAAGACAUCUCGUAAGGAAAGUAUGUAAAAUGAAUUUCAAAAAAAAUUAAAUGUCUUCCAUUUUAUUUCCCAUAGUAGAUUCUUGGGGAUCUACAUUUAAAGGAAGUGGAUCUGUCAUGGUUGUAAAGGGUAAAAAAAAUAUUUUUACCCACUUUUGUACACUUGAUAUUUAAAAAUACAUUGUAAUUUUACCUGCUCAGGUAAAGCAAUUGUUUUAGAAGAUAUCUAAAAAGAAGCAUUUCAGAAAAAAUAAGCAUUAUUUUGUCUUCCAUUUUAUUUCCCACAGUAGAUUCUUGGAAAAUCUACAUUUAAAGGUAGUAAAACUCUCUUGGUUGUAAAGGGUAAAAUUUAAAAAGCGAUAUUUUCACACAACAGUGUACAUUACGUAUUUUUGGAGAAAUGGAGCAGGCAAAGGAUUUGUAACUAUCGGAACCUUGGUUCCUGUUGCUAUAGUGAUGGUAGUGUUACAAAUGUAUAUGUUCUGGUUGUCUUACACCCUUACAAGAUUUUGAUUUGUUGCUAUAUGUAUGUUUACAUGUGGAGAAGAAUCUCAAAUACGAUAUCCUAGAUACUCAUUGUCAAGGUUGAAACCUGAUUUUCAAGGUCAGACCUAUAAUAUUUUACUGUUUUUAUCCUUCAAUAAGCCCAGGGGGCCAACACAUAAUCUCUUACUCAAAGGAGGGGGCAGGCUUGAUACAGGACAACACAUAAUCUCUUACUUAAAGACGAGGGAAUUAAUACAGGACAUUAGUUGGAAUUUCUACUGAGCUACAAUAGAUAUUGGUGGGCUUAUUACCAGGCAUGGGCUUAUUGCUGGAUAAAUAUGGAUGAGUAUUAUCACUUGAUACAUUUACAUUAUCAAAUUAGAUAACAUGUUUAGGUACAUUUUAAUAAUGUACGUUAGAUUGAUGUUAAUUAUAGUUUUAGUUACUAAUUGUUCAUGGAAGUUUUCAUUUUGAAAAAGAUACUGUGGAUUAUUAAUUUUUGUGGGGGAUUUAUUUUUGUUGAUUUUGUUUGUGGGUAUGUAUUCUACAUCAACAAAUUGUUAUACACAAAAUGUUGAAUAUGUGUUCUGAACAACAAUUUAUGAAGAUAUUGGUAUACCAGUAUUAAAAACCUUGGCCAAAGUCAAAUUCUUGGGUCAAAAAUAAUUACAUUGUCAAAACCAUGAAACUUGAGCCCCAUACAAAUAUAUAAAUUCACAGUAUAUUUAUCAUGUUGUGACUGGUUCACAUGUAAACUACAGUAUUCCGUUCAAAUUAGUUUGUUCUAGUUGUUACCUAAACUCAUAAAUUGUCGGAGAAACUGAUCUGUCAAUCCAGGCAUUUAUAUACACUAAAACCUUGUUAUACUGCCAACAUUUUCCCAGCAAUUAAAUUUAAGCAUUAUAUAGAGGUUUGGCAAAAACCUGAGAGAGCAUAUUGAGGAAUUUGUGAGGUAAAAAAUUCAAAAAGAUUGACUUUGAAAUAUAUUUGAAGCAGACAAGUUGGCAAAUUAACAAGGGGCAUUAUAUCAAGGUUUUACUGUAAGGCUUAUCAAUGCAAAUUUGUUCAUAAUAUGUGAACGUGAAUGCAGUGUAUGACAGCAUUUUAUGAAAAAUAAUUAUUUGAGAAGACAACGAUAUUUUUAUCUUAGAUGCAUCAUUGUCGAAAGACAUACUUUUAAAACCAUAUCUUUGUUGUAUGUAUUGUUGAACUGCAAUGAACAGUGAUUUAUUUUUGGGCAGGGGGAGGAUGGAGGGGGGAUUUGUUUAAAUUCUAUGCAAUUUGACAGUUCAUGAAUAAAUUAAUAACAUGUCCAUCGUCAAUACUUUUUACAUGAGUAGUAUUUUGUAUCAAUUGUUUUACCUUAAUGUCUAUGCAAGUGCUUUUACCUGUAAUGUUGUACUUAAAUUGAAGAAUAUUUCCACCAUAGUAGGUAAAUGUAUAAUUCUGAUAUUAUGUGAAUUUUCAUAUGCAUUAAAUAUCAGACAUUUUAUUUAGAAAUUUACCUCUUAUUUUAAUAUGUACAGUAAUAACUAUCAUAUAUUUUGUAAUUUUCAUUAAAAAAAAUGAUUUCAUUUAUGAAAAUAUGAGGCAGCCAUUGUAAGGAAAUGUGAUAAAAUGCUGAAAAGGUUGUUUUUAAUUACAUUUUUAAAAAUUACGUUUAUAUAUGCAGAACUCUCCACACACUUUUUUUGUAGUAAUGUGUUUUGGGGGUUUUAACUCAUUCAUUCCUGAAGAUGCAAAUGAACUCUCCCAAUGCAAAGAUUGGAAUAGUCCAUUAUAACAUUUCAGGGGUGCAUGAGUUAAGGUACCAGACGUGUAUUUCCAUAGUGUUUUUAGUUCACUCACCUAGAUCUGUAUCAUAAUCAAACGCUUUAUCAUUUUCAAAAUAUAGUAAGAUUUUAUGCCAGGAUGUUUAUUUUUACUGUUAGUAUCAGCAGAAACAAAAUAGGAGAAAUGGCCGUUCAGAUUUGUUCCCUUUCAACAAUAAAUAGGAAACUUGCUUACCAACAUUCCUGAUAAACAUAGAACCAAUCAUUUCAUCACUUAUGUCAACAUAUUUAACUCAUUCACCCCUGAAGACACAUUUGAACUAUUCCAAAAAAAAGGUUGGAAUGGUUCAUUAUGAAAUUUCAGGUGCGAAUGAGCUUAUUGGUAAUCAUAAAAAUCCCUUUAUUCUUGUACCCUGACAAUCCGAUAAAUUUCCCCUUUUUUUCCAUAAUUUUACAAUUUUGAUGAAGAGAUUCUCAGAAGUUUUAAAUAAUGAAGAACCGUCCAUAGGUUACUACCAUAACUGAUUUUACUCAAAUCUGUCGUUUUGUGUCCUGAUAUUCUGUGGCUGUUUCAUUUCAAGGGGAUGUUAAAAAACACUAGAUGCACAUUUUAAUUAAACUUAUCGACAAUAGCUGUCGGAAUGAUCAAAUUGUUUGUCAGAAAUUUAACUCUUGGCAUUUUCUUUUGUUGAAUAGGUAGCUUACAAUGGUAUUUUUUUGUGUUUUCCCCUCAAGAUUUAAGUGAAAUUCUGCAAUUUGUAACAGAAAAAUUGUAGUUUUAAACACUUAAAGGAUCUUAAUAAUUUUGUCAAGCCAUAGGAUUUAUUUGUUUGUAGACAAGAAAAGAUACUUAUGUCUGAAGUGUGGUCAUACUUUCUUUGAUUAUUGUUGUCUGUGACACAAUGAUACCUUAACCUUUCACCACUGUAGACCAUAAUGGACUUAUCCAUAUUAAUGCAUGGUAGAGUCUACUAAAGUUACAUAGGGGUGAAAUGGUUAACAUCUAAAUUCCUCUCACUCGUCACUAACCAUGCUAUACUGAAAGUAUGUGGGACAUAGUCACAUGACUGGCAUGUCUAUUUUUAGAAAGUGUUUGUUUUGGAACUAAUUCAAACAGCAACCAUUUCCUCAUGAGUAAUUUGAAAGGUAUACAGGGCCGUUUCCGUUUAACGGUUCAACUGGUCGGACCACAGUUGUUGGUUUAUUAAAUAAUGUCGGACCUAGUAAUCUGAUGCUGCUUUCAGGCGAGGCCUGCACAAACAUUUGGAGGUCCGCCAGUAUUCAUACCCGAAAAUUUAAAGUGGACGCACCGGUUCCGCAUAAACGAACAUGUCCGUGGCCUAAGAUAUUGAUGAUGAUGAUGAACACUUUUAAAGGGAGAUCACUCUGAUACAUAUCACCAGCAGUCCUUAUAUUCGUAAGGUAGGAUAUAUUCUUGGGUGGCUAGUGAUAUGCCGAAUUUAAAUGUCCGUCCACCAUGUGUCUUUUAUUUCGGAUCAUCUUGUAUAUAAAAAAACAUUUAAUGACAUCAUUCACAUCAUUCAUUAUGGAGUAAAAACUGAAAGUGAAUAUCCUCGAAAAAAAAUUACAAUGGGAAUAAAUGGAUGAGAAAUAGUUUUGACGAGUGUGUUAUUAUCAAAUAAGGAAAAAUAAUUUUAGUUUGAAGUUGAUUUAUUCAAAUUGAAAAAAUUCACAGUAAUAUUAUUUAAUGAAUGAAAGAGAAAUAGAUUGUUUAUUCUCUAUAGAUGAACUUGUAUUACUGUUCUAGUAGUGACAGUUUACAAUGAUGAACUUAUUUACCGGUCUGUCAUGGCUCAACUCUAAGAAUAUAGUGUAUCUAGUUGUUAAUGCUAUUUUACAUAUUUUCUGAAUUUCUGAAUUAAAAUUAUUGAAUUCUUUUUUCAAAAUUUGAUAUGUAAACUAUAUUUUAUGACUUGUGAUAUUUUAAGAGAUUUUCUAAAAACCAGUAAUUUUUGAACAGGUGCAUUUAAAUGUUGUGAAUUUCACUAAGUGCUAAUGUAUGGUU